AACUCCACAGUCCCUUAACAACAACAAUACACACACAUUCCUUACAGUCCUUUUUUUCCAGCCCACUCAUUAUCACAUCCACUCACUGCAACCAACACCAUGCUCAUCAGCUUCGCAGCAGCCGUGGUGGCACUCGCCCACCACGCCUCGGCGCACGCCACCGUGUUCCACGUCUCGGUCAACGGCAAGGACCAGGGCGACGGCGUGGACAAGUACAUCCGGUCGCCGGGGAACAACGAACCGAUCACGGAUCUCGCCGACCCGGCCCUCGUCUGCAACGUCAAGGGCGGGACCGAAGUCGGGUCCUCCGUCAAGGCGGCCGCGGGCGACAAGCUGACGUUCCACUGGUGGCACUACAACCCGGACGACCCGAACGACUUCCCGCUGGACGACUCGCACAAGGGCGCGGUGCUGACGUGGAUCGCCAACUACACGUCGUCGGACCCGACGGGCCCGAUCUGGAGCAAGCUGGCGGAGGAGGGGUUCGAGGGCGGCAAGUGGGCGACGAUGAAGCUGAUCGAGAAGAAGGGCGCGGUCGAGUUCUCGCUGCCCAAGGCGCUGGCCAAGGGCAAGUACCUGAUCCGGCAGGAGAUCAUCGCGCUGCACAAGGCCGACGGCCCCGGCGGCGACCCCGCGACCGACCGCGGCGCCGAGUUCUACCCGAGCUGCGCGCAGUUCGAAAUCUCGGGCGACGGCGGCAAGGUCCCCGACCAGGACUUUGACUUCAACAAGGAUUACAAGUACGAUGACAAGGGGCUGUUCUUCAACCUCUAUAUCCCGUUUGACAAGUACACCCCGCCGGGGCCGAGGCCGUGGAAGGGUUAGUGACACUGCGGUGAACAGUUGCGGGGUUUAGGGUUGGGUUGGUGUUGGGGGAGUCAUCCUGCUUUGUUUCUUUCCUUUCCAUUUGAUAGAAUUGAUGCCGUUACUAUUCCAGCGUCCCUGGCGCAUAGCCCCACGUCUAUGAACCAGAUCAUCUUGGUCAUUACAAGUUGUGAUUACGCACCUGCUCUCAUCUCAAGUGAGUUGUUCAUGUGUGCAAGCCCUAGGUACUGAUGUGUAUGCGACCCAUUAUCCGAUAUAAUAUGAAAGAAAGGGGUAUCCUGAGUGAGAUAAUAGCAGUAACAACUGUUCGUAUCGACCAGAGUG